UUGCAGUUGCCGGAUACUGGUUGUAGACCUGGUAACACUGGGAAAGACGAUUCCAUGGAUUUUCGUGAAAUAAAUAAAUUUAACUGGCGUUUGAAUCUGAAUAACAAUAACAACCUCGUCGAGCUUAGCUUAGUGGGCAAAUACAACAGUCCCGAUGCGGCGGACGGACACCAACCGGAGCUCGUACUCAGACAAAUCGAUUGUUCGACGGGGGCAGCAACAAUGGGCACGAAACAAAAACAGGGAGCAACAACACCCGCACAUGCCGAAGGCGUAGGUGACGAGGGAAUCGGGAAUGGAGCUAGCGGCGGCGGCGGCGGGGACGGUCUAGAAGACGGCGCUGCAGGGGUGCUGCUAGAAUGCGAAGACUUUGAUAAGGAAAUCGGAGCCGCUGCCUAUUGUGACAUGGAUAUGGGCGUGGCUGGGUAUAGCCUGGCGGCAGCAGUGCUUCCAUCUGCCGAAGCUGCCAGCGGGGGAGGCCUAAGUUCCAAUCGCACAUCCAUGAACAACUCCACGGAGAACUUAAGCUAUGCCAGCGACAACUUCUACGGCGACGACCUCAUCCUGCUGGACGACGAUGACGUCGACGCUGAGGAAAUUUCUCUAAAUUCUGACGACUGCGUCUACGCUUACCGUGGCGAUGGCACGGACUUUGAUCUUGCGCUUGAUGCUUCUGCUAUGGGCCGGGGGGCACGCCACCAUCUCGAUAUCGGUUUGGGAUCGGGUAGCACUGGAAAGGGGGCUGGUGGCAGCUUGAUAUGCGGAGACGAUGAGACAGAGUUUCUCGAAAUGGACUUCGAACCGGAUCCUCCUUCGGAGCUGGAAUUCGCCGGCGGCACUCAGAACCUAGCAGCCGUGCCGCAAGCCAAUCUUCUGCUAAUGCAGCGCGACUACAGCCAGAUGAGCGGCAAGGGAGGCUCUACCCCAACACAGGGCAGGCAGCUGUACAGUUCGCCGAUAGACGACUUCUCCCCCGAGGACGUGCUCCAACAGCAGAAGCAGCGCCUCAGCAAUAAGUUUGCCCGCAUCAGUCUCAACCUUGACCAGAUCAAAGACGGAGCUGGGGCGGCUGCUGGUGCAGGCAUAGAUUUGGAUGAACCGAUCGGCGGCAGGACGGAGGAAAGUGUGGACUCCAGCGAUAUCGGUCAGUCGAUGGACUCGGCUCAAGCUCACUCCUUGCCCAGCACUCUAGGCACGGGAGUCAACUUCGGGCGGAGCACCAGUGUGCCGAACGACCACCCAGAGCCCAACCGGACAGGCGCUAAGCCCAAACGACUUUCCCACUCCUCGUCCGUUAUGUCCAAGAGCAGCUCCACUUCAAAAUCGCGGCGCUCCCAGCCGUCUGAGAGCUUCGAUGAGCGUUGUUAUAGUUGCACGGAUUUCCGGGCAGCUUCUACUUCCUCCUCGUCCGGCCAGCAGCGGCAUGGACAGGUGGCACCUAUGCUUGUGGCCGCUGCUGCUGUGGUGGCUCUGGCCUCGUCUUCGUCCUCUAUGGCCCACUUUGAACUAGCCAGCAACGAGGAAAACUGCCUGGACUGUCUGGAGAAGGAGUUUCUGGCAAACACAAUCGGAAAGGCGUUGGACCUGAGCACAUGUGCCAAGUGCCGAAGACGUGCCGGGGGUCGGGCCGGCAGUAGCCUCUCUCUCUACGCCCGCCCGGAUCAGACGCGAUGCCGAAGCGGAUCCCCGGGAUAUUUUGAAGAAGCCGGCGGUCUAUUCGCUGGCUGGUACAGUACUUCAGCGGCUGGGAACGUGCCUGGACCGAGCUUGGGUUCCCCCGGCAACCAAAGGUUUAUUUCAUGUGAUAAUAAUUUCCGCGGCGUGCAGCUGCUCAAGCAAAGCUUUCCGACCGAGUCGAUAAUUGCGCGUCUGUCUACCGAAAAGGAGUGCGACGAGGAGCAUGUGGCGAAGGCGCUAGACAAGCUUCACGUCUCCUACGAUCAAGCUCUUCUUCACGCCUACUUCGAGCAGCUGGCUACGCGGCCAAGUGCCCAUAAUCUCAAUAUUAAGCAGCUGCUCCUAAAAGCCUCAAAACAGCAGGGAAAUUAUCGCAAGCUCAAGCGUCUCAUCGAGUUGGUGACUCAGGAUCAGCUCAUUGUGCAAUUUGAACGGGGUAAGGAUGCCCAAACAGCCCUGGUUCCUGUUAGAAUCGCUGACAUACUGGAUGCCUGGUCGCACCACCGGGAUCUCUCAAUUCUCCGGCAACUGGAUGCACGAUUUCAUCGUUCCAACGUGAUUGGCAAGGUUGGUCAUAUUGUGCGACAGGCUGCAGCAGCCACGUCCUCCCAAGUCCAGGCCGCUUCCUCAUCCUCCUCCUCGAAACGCACCCUGCCCGAAUAUCUGAUGAUCCCACAGUAUUACGAGAGUGGGGAGCUAACACUAAGGCGCAAAUGUUAGGGUGUCCACCACCACCAGUUCCCCACCCAACCACACCAUGAAUCAUCACCGACCGGCUAAUGCUUAGUUGCGCUUGACGUGGGAUUUUAUGAGGAGGAGGGGGCACGUUCUUUUGGAGAUUACACUAUCUACAUAGGCCAGAGCCCACCGAGUGGGUCCUAUUAGCUUCGAAAAUGGCCUCUCACGUCAAACUAAAUAUACUAUUAAGAGGAUAAAUCAACGUUGUGUGUUUAAAUGUGUAAAACGUUAUUCGAUUAGCCGUUAAAAAUGUUUGCAAUAUUUAUAAAGUAUCCAUAGAAAGCAUCGAAUACAGACAGAUCCAGGAUUCGGACAAGGACUUUGAACGAGAAAUGAGCAAGGGCUCAUGCGAAGCAUGGCUCAGGAUCCGUGGAAGAAUCCGAAUUAAUACGCCUCCAUUGUCAUUAUCUAUGUAUAUUCCACUGCAUUGAACUGUAUCACAUUAUUACCAGUAACCAGUAAUAUAUAGCAUUACAUACUUACACACCCACACAUUAGCGCAUCUGGUACAUAUUGUAGCUUAGCUUGUAUACAAUAAAGUGAAAUCUGAAUAACUAUAA